AUGGCUGACUGUUCAGUUAAUGAACUUCGUUUUGAUCAACUACUACAAAUUCCUGCUGGUCAAUGUCAACAAUAUAUCUCCGCACCCAGCUGUUCUGUUGGUCUUACCUUCGAGUAUCACAAGCAGAAAUAUUCUGCACGCUUUCAACAUAGUCUUGUAUCAUGGGAUUAUAUCUAUAUCACUUCUGGACCUUAUCUAUCGUAUGAUAUUCACUAUUUAUGUUCAAAAGAAACAAAAUGUGCUCUUUUGUAUGCACAAAAGAGAGUCAAUGAAAUGAUCAAUCGUGCAUAUAAUGUCACUCGUGUAUACGGACAACUCGCACCAUUUCUCGAAAAUCCUUUACGAAACGAUUCCAUACACUGUUACAAUAUUUAUAACGAGAUUAUUAUGUGUCCAUCUAAACAAGUUUGUAGUAUGGAAUAUGAUCAGCGAGUGAAUAAGGUCAAAUCACGUGGUUGUGAAUCACGUGUCACUCCUAGAAUUUAUGUGCAUGAUGGUGAAUCUAAUUCAUAUUUUCAUAUUGAAUGUGAUAGUGAUUUAUGCAAUACUGAUGAAACAUACCUGGAAAUUAGAAAAAUUUUUGCUCAUAAUGAUUUAACCGAUAUCAAUGGACGAUUCAUUGCUGCGGGAACAAAGACCAUGAUUUCUACUCUUUUCAUAAUAUUUGCGUUGUUUUUUGUCAUUGUCUUUUAG